AUGUAUACCAAAGAUGAUGAGAAGAAGUUUAGUAUCAAAUGGACUGAUGACAUUUGCAAACCUAGUGAUGUUCGCUGUACUAAGCUUACCCGGUAUGUGGCUAUUCAAGAGGAUCACGAGCGCUUGGAGGUCAAUGAAGCCGGUACCUGGUCUCAACUAUUCGCUGCGCAUAGAGACCUAGUGCCAGGGCCGUCAUCACCAUCUGGCCAUUCAAACUGUUACGCUUCAGUUCCAUAUCGAUUUCCCACGGCCAUUCAAUUACAAGGUCUAGAAGCCAUUUCGGACGCCUUAGUUGGCCGUGUUAGGUGGGACAAUCCUACAGUUAUUGAGGAACUGGACAUUCUUUUUGGCCCUCACGAGAAGAAGGCCCAACAGUUCAUUAGCGACUGGCGCCUAAAGGCUACACAAAUUGCCUUGGAUACUAUUGUCAAUAAAAAUCUUGAAAAGUUCUGCGAUAAUCUCCAGGGCUCCGGCAAUGCUUGCUUGAACUGCUCAUGCGAUAAGAAGCAUUGCUGUGACUUUCCCAAAACAAUGGUUGAUCAGGUCCUCAAGUUGCAAUGUGCAUAUAUCAAAUGGACAACUACAACUAACACUAUCAUCAAGAACACUCACAAAGUGAGUGCUGUUGCUUUUGCUCAAGCCAUUAAUAAAGAGUUGAAAACUAUUCUUGCAAAUAUGUCAAAAGAGACUCCUUCUGUUAAUGACAAGUCAGACUUAACUGCAUUAAACAGUAAAGUUGUUAAAGCCCUCCAACAGACUUCUGGGAUCUUGAAAGAAAUUCAGGAAAUUCAAGAGAUCAACUUCAUUGCAGUCUUCAAUAUAAAGAAUACUCUUACUAAGUCUUUAAUUUUCUCUAUUUUCAAUUAUACAGUCAGCCUGCAAACCUACCUCUGUAUAGUACGUUUCUUUGUUUGGGGGUCGACCCAGGCUGCUACCGCUAUCGGUAGCUUGGGCAUCCGCCGUCCGAUAGAAUGGCGAAGCAAUCCUGUCGACGAUAGGUUCUUGGACGUAAAGCCUAUCGGAAAGGGGUCUCAAAUGAAUGCGGUGAUAGUCUAUACCCGAGGCCAUGCCAGGCACCGUCCUUGCGCUGCCUGCGCGAAAGGUAAUGGUCCCUUUUUGCAAUGCGUCGUCGCCGAAAGUACGUCUGGUCUCGUGGUGGGGAAGGGCGCCUGUGCGUCCUGUAUCUGGUCCAACUCCCCUCACGCUUGCUCGCUACGUUCCGGGGUUACCGGAAGUCAGUCUUCUCCCCUCCAGGAAGUUCUUGGUACUCCUUCGCGUGUUCCCCCUGGCCGAAAGGCUAAACUUGUCGCUGCUCCCGGUCCCGAUAGGGAAGCGUCGCAAUCUUCUUCCGCCCCCGAGCGGGUUUCUCUAAAGCCAUAUCCCCACCUACAGGGGUAUAUCUUCGCCUAUCAGCCAAACGGCCUUACCAUGAAAUCUGCGAUAGAAGAGCCAUGCAUUUGGGAUGAUGAGAAGAAGUCCUGUGUGGAUUGUUUGGAACGCCAGACUCGCACAUGCCGCGAUGUUCCUGAGUCUGCUGUUGAUGUCAUUCACAAGCUUCUCUAUCUCCGCGAAGAAUAUCACUCCUUUGACGCCGCCGACCCUUGUCGUCCUUAUCAUGUCAAAAACAUGAGUAUCCUUGCUUCCUCUGCCAUCGAUGGAUCUCCAUCAAAACAUCGUCGUUUUUCUUCUCCUCGUCCCACCAAGUCUGUUGACCUUGUGUCCGACUCCGAAUCCCUUAAAGAUGGUCCGUCUAAUUUUCUUCGUCCGCCGACCCCGGUUCGUGCCGUUUUGUCGUCUAUAUAG